AUUUGACAUUUAAUUAUCAAGUACAAAAUCAAAGAUAAAAUAAAUCACAAGUUUCAUGACGUCUAUUAUGUAUCUCUAUAAUGUAUUGUUCAUAAUUACUUUACGUGUAUACAUUGUAACUCUAAUCAUCACGGCGUUUGAUCAAUAGCAACCUAUCAACGGUUACCAACGACACUUCAGUUCAGGGAUAUACGAGUCCUAACCUGGAAACCUAAUGGCUGGCAAAGGUAAAGGCAAGAAAAAAGAAAAGAAAGAUAAAGAAGAUGGUGGAGACAAGAAGAAAUCUAAAAAAGGUGGAGGAAGAGCCAAGAAAAGCAAAGCAAAGGGUAGAUGUAAUGUAGACAUGCUGACGGACGCAGCAAUGGACAACGUUUAUUACGCGUGUCAUAACGUUCAAGAAUUAUUACAGGCUAGAGGUUUUCAUCCUCCCGAUUUUAAUAAGAAGAAAAAGAAGGGGAAACGCUAAUGAUUAAUAUGUUGCGUUUAAGUUUUUUUGUUACAGAGAAAACUAGUUUGAACUAGUUUAUUCCAAAUUUGCUGUCCUCGUUUGUUUUGGCCAAAGUCGACAGUUUGUCGACUGCAGCUCGCAGAUAGUGUUUCUAUUUGUAUUUAAAUCAUGUUAAUUGCGUCGUUCGAAACUUUGUAGAAUGUUUUG